GGUGAGAGUCACCGUUGCGAAGGGGAGUGUUUGGAGGGUUUUUUAUAAAGUUGUUCGGCAUUGUCAUUAGGUACGUGGCGGGCAAUUGGCUUCUACCUUCCCCACCUAAGGGAAAAUGAUGACACAUCGAAGUCAAACUCGCUUGAUGCGAUGUCGUCAGCACUCCUGGUGAUUUUGUUUUCGCUGUGUUGGUCAGGUUCAUUUCCUGUCGUGUACAGAUCUUACUGUCCUAUCAUCUUGGUUUAUUUCUUGCGGACUUUAUGGGAAAAGUAUCAAUCCCAGUGUUGGCGUUAUGCUUUCUCUCUCCUCUUGACCCCUGUUCAUUCGGAGCUUCUAGGUUUUUAUUUUCGCCCUAUCGUCGUCUUAGCUGUUGAAGCGGGAUGCACUGUCGAUCGUGAGGGGUUGUGCUGCCUCAUUCAUGACAUACGCCAUUUCGAUGCUAAGUUGAAUUGGCUUAGAGAGGCAAGGAGGACUGUUUCAGUCAUGUACAAAGUCCCCUUGGAACUCCAAAAAUAUCUAAGGCUUUGGGGUGGUUGGACGCGGCGCAUUCCAUAGCAUCUGGGCCAGUUACACCAAACUGAAGCACGAGAUGGAAUGUU